CCUUUUUCUUCGAUCCAUCCAUCCUCCUGUGCGCAAAGCACUACUGCUUGAGGUCUCAUGGUGAAGAGAGAGAGACUGCGUGUUUUAGAGAGAGAACAAGAAAUAAAAGAGAAAGAAAAAAAAAAUUCAGUCACCAUAGGUCAGCCAAAAGCAAACCGAACCCACCUCUCUCUCUAUAACUGAUCCCACCUCUCUCUUUCUCUCUCUGACUCGUCCACAUCUCUAUCAACCUUCUCUCUCUCAAGAGCUACAGCUGGUUUCCUAUGUUUCUCAUUCUGAAGUCUGAACCCUAACCCCAAGGGUUGUAAGCUAGGGACCGCCAUUAAAAGCUGGGCCUGCUGGCCCUAGAAAAAGUGGAUCUUAGGCUUUUUACCUAAGCUGAAUUCGAAAGGUCCUGUAGUUUCAUUGAGCUUCAUUCCUUAUGUCAAUGGCGAUUAGACAAGGAUCUCUCGGUUUCAAGCUAGGGUUUCAGGCCUAGCCGCUGUAAAGUUACUUUCUUAGCUUUUCCAGGAUAGCGUUCUUCGUCUUCUAUGUUUCUCUCUCUUCCCUUGAAGAAAGUUUAAUCUUUCUCUUUCUUUCUUCUAGAGGAAAAGGAACUUUCAUUUCAAGGAAGCUCUAAUCAAGAAUAACAAAGCAAUUUGUUGCAGUUAUCUCGCAUUUCUGCAUAAAUCGCCAUUAUUGCCGUUGUCUUAGGGCUAUUUCUCACCCAAUUUGAGGGCUUGUAACCUUUCUUUCUGCGACACAGAGCAUAUUUUGGGAUAUGGCGGUGAAAACAGUGAGGAAUUUUCCUUUUUGCUCUCUGAUCAGAAGAGGAACAAAGGAAUCGCAUGAAUUCUUCCCCUUUUAGCAGAUAUUAUGAAAUUUGAUGCUUUUUGACGCUAUUAGAUUAUCUGCAUUUCACAGGUAUUAGAAGAAUCCCUCUCUCUGUAAUCUCUGUUUAGGGCUAAAUACGGAGAGAUUCACAAUUUGACGUGUGAAAUAAUGGCGAUAUUCCCUAUUCACAGGCUCUGAUCAAGAGGAAUCAGAUUAAUUCUUCUCCUCCUAUCUUUAACCUCCUUUUAUCCCCAUUUGAUUCCAUCUUUUUGUCUCCUUCUGUUCAAUACGUGAAUGAUUUGCAGUGAAAAGCUCCUGUUGAUUUCCGCAUUUUCAGUUAAGCCGUCUUAGUUCUAGAUUUUGGCCAGAGUAGCUUACCGGAAAGCUCAAUCCCUAUUUUCCGGCAACUUUUUGCCGGAAAACAGUGAGAAGAACAUGGAUUUGGACGAGUUUCGAUCACUUCUAAAAAACUCAGGUUUAGACGUGUGGACUGCGAUUGAAUCUGCCAUUUCUCUUGCUCAAAUGGAUUACAGAGAUGAAUUCAAAGUAAGAAGAGAUGGAAUAGCAGAGAAGCUUUACACAAGUAACAGCGUGGUCGGGUGCCAUAAUUGUGAUCUCGAUCUUGCAAGGCUAAGCACUACAAAAGAGAAGUGUAGGGAAGAGAGAGAGAGUAGCCAUGACAAAGGGGCUUCUCCUUCUACUCCACAGUCUCUGGUGCAUAGCCAUAGAGAUGAGGAGCAAAAUGGAAGAGAAGAGGAGCACAGAGAACCUGUAAUGAAAAGGGAAGAGGAGGGUAAUAGAAGAGAUGAGGAGCACGGAAGCCAUGGCGGACUGAUUCAAGAUAAGCUUUUGGCGAUUAAGGAGGAUCUAGAGGAUCCUGAUCAGAGUGAGGAUUCCGUCAUUGAUCUGUUGCAAAGCCUGACAGAUAUGGACGUAACCGUCAAAGCUCUCAAGGAAACUGACAUUGGCAGACACGUCAAUGGCCUGCGGAAGCAUCCCUCUACGGAGGUUCGACGACUCGUAAAGCACCUUAUCAGGAAGUGGAAAGAGCUUGUGGAUGAAUGGGUGAGCACAGCGGGUGAAGGAGCUGCUGCUGCAAUAGUUGCAGAGGGCGAGUCCCCUCAACAAAACCAUCAGGCCAGAGCCAGCCAGAAUGGAAACCAGGUCAGGGAAUCAAAGCACUCUCCCAACGGUUACAGUAGUGGUUCUGGGAUGGGUCCCAACUACUCCGAAAUUGGUUCCAAAGGGAAAGGAAUUACUCCACAACGAGAAGCUCAGACUAAGCCUAACCCAAUAGCUCCUAUUUCCAUUCCAGCUCAGAAACAAAAAGAAAAUGCCAUCGAUCUCCAAAGGCUUGCCUCGGCUAGAAAGCGUCUCCAUGAAAACUACCAGGAGGCCGAAAAUGCUAAGAGGCAACGGACGAUUCAAGUCAUGGAUAUUCACGAUAUCCCCAAGCCCAAGAACACGUUCAUCUCUCGAAACAAAGGCGGCUUUCACAAGCAGCACUGGUGAUGCUGCCUUUUGCAAAAGCGGUUUUGGGAGGCCUCUCACUAUUCUUUGGCUCAUGGAAAAUUCCAACCUAUUUUCCAAUUAACAGUGAAACCCUGGGAAAAUAAGGUUUUUGCUUAUUAUUAUUCAUUUUGUAUGAGUAAUCUGUAUGCACAAAUGGGAUUUGAAGUUGGUUGAAAACCAGGAAUUGGGGGGGUGGGGGGUUGGCGAGCAAAAGUGUUUUCAUUGUAAAGAAAGGCGUUUUGGACUGAUACAUUAUAUUAUAUACUAUGCUUCUGUGGCGGUUUGAAGGUGACGUUGCAUUGGAGCAAGAUUGGCAUGAUUAAAAUAUAA